AUAUUACUAAUAUUAUUGAUAUUACUGAUACCGAUAUUACUGAUAUUACCGAUAUUAUCAAUAUUACCGAUAUUACUGAUACUACUGAUACCGACAUUACCGAUAUUACUGAUAUUACUGAUAUUAUCCUUAAAACCAUGCGAUCUGAUGCAGUCAAACUAUCAUCAGCUGACUAUAAAUAUAUUAUGCAAUACAAAGAUGCAAAAUCUAAACCUUUAGAGAUGCUUAGAGAUAAAUAUCCUAUGUCCAAUACUCGUUUUUAUCAGAUAUGGAAAGGAAGAGAGAUUUGUACAAAUACUUGGAAUCCAUCUUUAACUAAUUUAGAUAGUGAUAUUUCAAUACCG